UAUAACCCUAAAAGAAACCUGGUCAUAGGAUACCCACUAAUUAUUUUUUAAAAAAAUGCUUUGUUUCUGCUAUAAAAAUAAUAAAAGCCCUUGAAAAAGGAAAUUUUUGACAGUUGCAGCUCUAGUCUCUUUCGGUGAAGUUCUCUAUAUUGCUGCUCCAAAUGGUCAGGCUCUAAACCCCAAAGUUUUAUUUUCUCUAUUUCCCCUCUUUUUCAUAGAAAUUAAACCUCUGCGAUUAGCAGCAGCAUUCGUGCAGAAAGUAGGGAAAGAAUAAGGUGAAAGGGCUUCUAUACUGCAAUUUGUGAUGGUGGAUGUGUGGUGGUCCCUUCUUGGGGCUGCCAUCCCGGCUGUAAUUGCAGGGCAAGCUUUUAGAAUGAAGAAAAAGCAUGCCGAAGAAGAGAGAAUUAAGAGUGCCAGGGGAAGGGAGAAGACCUCGGAUGAUAUCUUCGUUUGCGAGAGAGUCUGUACAUCAAAGCGAAUGUUGAAAAAAGUUGGGGCAUUUUCAAAGGAUCCAAUUCCUGAUACUUGUGUAACCGUUUGUGGUGUGUCUGAGCUCGAUGCUUGCUCUGAUGCUUGUGCUCGGACCGUUUGUGUUAACCAACAUCAGGUGGUGGUAGUUCUCUGGAGGCCGGUAGAGGCGAUAGUCCUAGGGAUGAUCUGGAUCGAAAUACUAAGAAGGUACGUUUUAAAGAGAAUAACGGGAAUGGGGACAUAGAUAUGGUGGUUGAAUGAAAUCUCAUUCCAACAUUGUCUUGGAAAGAUAAAUUGUUGGGGAAUGGAUUAAGUGAUAAGGGAAAGACAAUGGUGGAAUCUGGAGAGGGGUUGACGAUGAUAUCGAGUUUUUGGAAUGAGAUAUUAAUAGAUAUGUUGUUAAUGGGAUCCUUGCUAUCAAUUUCUCAGACCAAAUCUAGCAAAUUCUCUUUAAGGAAA